AUGGCUGAGGCAGACAAGGACCGACGCUCUCGCAUGGCCAUAUCUACCGUCCAUGCCCCUCCGAAAAAGGGUGGAGCAGGUGGAGCUUUCACUUGGGGCUCAGAGAAGGAGGGCACCAUGGACUUUGAUGCUAGCCGACUUCAGCAACAGGUGAAGGUAGUCACGGCUGCAGCUCCUGUCCAAGUUCAAGCCGCAGCAGCUCCCUUCACUGCCAAUUUGGCUAGCGCCCAGCAGUUUCCUUCUCUGGGAGCCCGGCCGGUGCAGGCGCCUACAACAGCUUGGAACCGGCCUCUGUAUGCAGCUGCUGUGGCCCCCUCUGCAACCCCAGUUACACCAGCGCCAGCUGCAUUACCCACCACAGCUUCGACCCCCGUGCCAGUCGCCACACGGGUGAUCACAGGCCCAGCAACCCAGACCUACCCAACUUAUGCGGCACCAGCAGCAUAUCCACCUGUGUCAUACCCCUAUGCAGCUCCAGUCAGAGCUGCCGCAGCGCCAGUCGUGCGGACGGUUGUCAAGGAGAUGCCAGACAAGGAUCGACGCUCGCGGAUGGCAAUUUCAACCGUCCACCAAGCGCCCAAAAAGGGAGGCGCCGGGGGAUCCUUUACAUGGGGUGCUGCUGGGGAUGUUCAGGACUCCUAUGAUCCGGCCCCAGUGACAGAAACCAAGGUGAUGCUUGCCCCAGCUCAAGCGGGUGCCCAGCCAAGCCCUACCGGCCCCUUCACAGCAAAUCUGGCCAGCGCUCAGCAAUUCCCGGCUUUGAGUUCCAAUUCCCCUCAGAUGUCACAGACCGUCUGGCACACACAGCCUGCCGCUAUCAAGGAAGCACCAUCCCCAGCAGCAGCGGCAGCAUCUUCCCCAGGCCUGGCUCCUUCCCCGGCCCCGGCCACCGCACCAGCUUCGGGCUCCCCGGUCUUGACACCGGCCCCUGUGACACCGGCGCCUGCCACCACGCUGGAAGCUCCAGAAGAAGCGCCAGCUGAGGCGCAGAAAGCAAAGGAGGGAUCCAAUUGCUCUAUCCAGUAA